CGCCGCCGGGCCGAGAUGGAGCUGAGGCACCAGCUGGAGCUGUUCCCGGGCCGCAGCGUGGCUCUCCUCCUCUUCAACCGCCUGAAAAAUGCCGCUGCUCUAAGGAAAAAAGCCAUGGAAGGGGCCAUUGAAGGAGCAUUAAUAAACCCGGCAAUGAUUGUAGAUCCUUUUCAAAUUCUUGUGGCGGCCAACAAAGCAGUUCAUCUACACAAGAUAGGUAAAAUGAAGACCAGAACUCUCUAUGCAGAAAUUAUUUUCAGCCUUUCACCAAACAACAAUAUUUCAGAUGCAUUUAAAAAGUUUGGCAUUUCGGACAGUGACACAGCAGUACUCAUUGUUCUGGUUGAGGACAGAGAAAAAACUAUAAAUCUGGAAGAUAUAGCAUCUCAGGUAGAAGGCCAACAGGUUUCUCUAGAUGAACUCCCCCAACUAACAGACACUGCCAAAGUUAAAAAGAUGUACAAAGUUACUCCGCAGGAAGAAAAAAUUGGCACCUUAUUGGAUAGUAUUGUUUGCAGAAUGUCAACAAAAGAUGUCUUAUGAAAAUGUGGAAAUAAAUUUUUUUAAAG